AUGAAUCUGCACAUGGUCAUCGCCAUCAACCGACUGUGGGCGCUCUUCGCGCCGACAUCCUAUCGCAAUUGUACGAAACGCACCGCUUUGGCUAUAGUCGUCAUGAAUCUCGUUUUUAUCCAUUUGGUCUGUCUACCGGGGCUGAUUGCUGAAUCACUGCAUUAUGAACAGGAUCCAGGCGAAUGUUACAUACAUGUUCGAGUGUCAAACGGGUUGAAUGCCUGGUCGAUUGCUGUCACAGUAGUAAUAUUCUGCCUGCCAAUUGUCUUUAUGAUCGUCGCAGCGGUGGCGGUGUGGGUACGAGAGCGGAGCCUGAUGCACCAGCAUCACACGGGACUGCGGCUGCUGAUGGUGCUGACCGUUAGUGUGUGCGUAUGCUGGAUCCCGUAUGAGCUGUAUUACGUGCAGUACCGUAUCACGGGUUACCAGAAUUUACUGGUUAACUACCUCUUGUCGACACUCUAUAAUGUGCAGGCUAUUUUGGAUCCCCUUCUGAUCGUCUAUUCCAUGCCGAGCUUCCGUGCUGCCGUAGCGUGUGCUUUUCGUCGGAAGAGAAAUUCGGUGGCUGAUCAAGGAAUACAGUUACUGUCUCGACAUCGAACUUCAACUUUCUAA